GUUUUAGUUGCAAAACGUAAAUGUAAGAAACGUAUUCAACAAAAGUUAUGAUUACAAAGAACUUUUCGAAUGUGUUAAAUUGAUUGUAUUAAUAUCUGCCGGAUGAUGGAAUUUGCGUCAUUACGUCAUUGUGAAUGACGUCAUUACGUCAGGACGUAAAAGAACUGGUGAACUGGAUUUUUGAACUGGUUCAUUAAAUCUAACUGUCCGAAAGAACCGGUGCGUGGAAAAGAACCGAACUUCCCAUCACUACAGCAUAUUAGAUUUCCUCUUUCAGUUUGGUGCGUGCACGUUCGCACCUUCGUUGUUAUGGAGACCAACUACGCGUCUAAACCGCAAGGCAUGAUGGUUUGAAAUAAAAUGCAGGAGUAAAUACCAGAGAGAAUGCACUUGGGGUCGACCAAUAGGUGAAUCGUGACGGUAUGCGUCAGCCAACAAAACAAAAGAGGAGUACAACAAAUCAGUAACACACCCACCUUACUUUCAGCGAACGACUAUAGCGGAGGUUAUUAUAAACGCUCGUAUUGUUUUCUUACUCUCGUUGAGAAGACUCAGCAAUAUCAGAGCAGCCAUGUCUGACAGGAAGGCAGUAAUAAAAAAUGCAGACAUGUCUGAGGAGAUGCAGCAGGAUGCUGUUGAGUGUGCCACACAGGCUCUUGAGAAGUACAACAUUGAGAAGGACAUUGCUGCCUACAUCAAAAAGGAAUUUGACAAAAAAUACAACCCAACCUGGCACUGCAUUGUGGGAAGGAACUUCGGCAGCUAUGUGACCCAUGAGACCAAGCACUUCAUCUAUUUCUACCUUGGUCAAGUGGCCAUUUUGCUGUUCAAGUCUGGCUGAGACCAAGCUUAAACUCUGACCAUUUAUUACAGACUUACUACAGAAAAGCUGAUCAUUCCUCUUCUGGGAUCCACUUUCUCUUGGCUGCUUAUUUUUUGUUUCUUUUUGUUUUAAGAUGGCCAUGUACUAUGAAGAAAAGAGUAAGGAACAUAUAUUUAUUUUAUUUUUUUCUACAGACUGUCAUUUGUUUUUUAUUAAAACAAUAGUUUGGAACACUUGUA